GUUGUGUUUAUCAUCGUCCGGAAAGUCGUGGGGUCAGUAUCGCAUAGUAUGGCCAUCACCUGCACCAUCUUCAGGCUCGUUUACAGAGGCUGGAUGAGUCAAUUAUGGUGGGACGAUGCAUGGGCGGCACUUGCACUGAUCGCAGAUGGUAGAAUUUUUCUUGUGGGCUGCCUUGGACAUCUCUCUUACUACUGUCCUGUGGUGCGCAUCACAGCUCACUCUGUUACAUUUCUCGCUGACUGUUUCAGGGCUGCGCGCAUGAGCAUCAUUUUCUCGAUCAUCCCCGUCGCCAACCACUCAGAACACAAGAUCCACGCGCAGAUUACCUAUCUCAUCGCAGCAUCCUUUGCGUGUAUGUGGGCCGCAGCUGAUCGUCCAGAAGAUCAUUGUCUGUGUAUCCCACUCCUGCCACAUGGGCGAGUCGGUGGCACUCUCGCUUUUGAUCACAUCACAGCGGACGUCAUUGCGGACAUUUCCCUCGUUGCUAUUCCACUUUAUCUCUUGAAAAAUGUAGGACUUUCCCAUAGCAAAAAAUUGCUAGUCCAAUCUGCAUUUGGCUCAUCGCUUCUAAUUACCGCCAUCACGAUCACUCACUCUGUGCUCCUCAUCUCCAACUUCUAUAGCACAAUUACGCUCAUGUUCGCGCAUCUCAAGGUCGCCCUCAGUCUCAUCAUCUGCAAUGUCCUGGUGAUCGUGACUUUUUUAUAUCGCGUAUGCUCAAAGGACACAUCCGACUUCAAUCGGUCCAACGGAGUGUUUACGACUGUCAUCAUAACGCCAAUGAGCAGUAGCAUUAAUGCCCUGGCGUCGCUUUCUUUACAGGAGGGGUCAAGCUCGGUACAAAUGAAAGUGCAGAUUGAAGCGAUGAAAUUGGAGGAUGAAGACGCAAGUGUACGUUGCGCCGAAGAGGGCGUUGGUGUUGAGUAG